AGAGAUUAGUUUGGGAAGUAGCACGGAUUGCUCAUCCGAUCCGUGCAGCCGCAGGGAGUGUGUCAAGUUACAGAGGCGCCGGAAUCUGCCCCAGCGCUCCUCGGCGGCGGCCGCGACCCACCUCUGCCAGUGGAGCCCUCCGAGAGCGCCCCUGCGCCAGGGGACUGAAACUGGCUGGCCGGGGGGACGCGAGAUACCCAGCGGCUCCGACUUCGCGGCACCAACACGGGGAUCUGCACGAGCUGGGAAGGAAGGGCGCGCGGAGAGCCGGCCAGAUGCCCCUAACUUUCCUGGACUUGAAACGUUCUUCGAAAUAACUUUUGCUCACUUUGCUGUACCCUGAUUUCCGCUGGUCGUGACUUUCAGCUCUCCCUCCUACUGCUAAUUUUUCCGGUCCUCUUUGCACGGAGCAAAGGAAAGGGACGUUCGCCAGCAACACGAGUCCUCUCCCCCCAACUCCGCAGUUUGGAUCGCGCCUUGCGGCAGCGGCUCUAGCUUUUAUUUAUUCUAUUUAUUUAUUUAUUGGUUCUCAAGAGGCGAGGGGAUGGUGGCGGAGCGCGCCCGUAAAGCUGACGCCGCUGGCGCCCGCGGCCCUGGGGAGCUAGGCGCGCCCGGCACGGUGGCUCAGGCGGAGCACUGCGCGCGGCUGCCGAGCCCGGGGUCGUGCGGGCUGCUGGCGCUGGCGCUGUGCUCGCUGGCGCUCAGCCUUCUCGCCCACUUUCGGACGGCCGAGCUGCAGGCCCGGGUGGCGCGCCUGGAAGCGGAGCGCGGGGAGCAGCAAAUGGAGACGGCUAUUUUGGGACGAGUCAACCAACUGCAGGACGAGAAAUGGCAACUCCACUCUCGGAGGCGCAGGGAGGCCCCGAAGAUAUCUCCAGGAUGUAACUGCCCACCAGGUAAGGAACUCCAUGAACCAUGAGGUCAGUGUCCCUAG